CAGCGUGGUCGCGCGCGGACGUGCCUGCUCUCUUCAAAUUCACUUUGAUUUUGGACUUCUACGUGCUCUUGAGUCGGUUCUGCACAGCCUGCUACUCAUACCCCGGAAUCGAGCUCUGCAACAUAGGGAGCGGCGCAGAAGGCUCUGUCGGAUCUAUGCUUGAGCAAAGUCAAGAGCGAAGACCUUGCCAUACCGACUAAUGCUGGGAAACGUCGCUGGGAUGCCUUCUGACCUUCGUCCGCACACAUCGACAUUCGAACUAGAGUCCGACGAUGAAGCCUCAGGCAAGCGGUCGGGGAUCAUCAAGUUGACCAUUGACAUACCCUCGUCACAUCGACCGCAAGUCGCAGCAGAGCCACAUCCAACCCCGAGAUGGCGAACACCAGAGUUCAUCUUCUAUGGACUUGUGUUCUGCAUAGUGGUCCCUAUGCUGGUCUGGGUACCCAUAAGCCUAAGCUCACCAUCGCACCCAAACUACAGUAUGUAUCGUCGACGCCUACAUCCAGGCUGGCUCUUUGGUAGGCAAAUUGACAACAGUGAUGCCCAAUAUCGCUCGUUCCGCAAUAACAUUCCAUCACUCGUCCUCCUAGCGUCAGCAUUCCUCGGACUUAAGCAUCUCUACACCGUCGUGCUUCGUCGUUCUCGGGAUACCCAGCGAACUAAUCGGUCCUACCUUAUACCCUAUUUAUUCACGUUCUCACUGCUCAUGCUCGCCGGUCUUCAUGGCGCGAGUGUCCUCAAGGUCCUCCUGAUCCUGACCGGCAACUACGCCAUCGCAAAAGUCACGAAAGGAUCUAAAUUGAACCCCUUGCUAACUUGGAUCUUCAACGGGGUUGUUCUGUUCGCAAAUGAGCGAAACGAGGGUUACCGUUUUGCGGCUCUUCACCCAUCCCUCGAAGCCUGGGACACUGUGACGGGGAUCUACCCGCGCUGGCACGUCAGCUUCAAUAUAACCAUGUUGCGGCUCGUCUCGUUCAACAUGGACUACUAUUGGGCCUCGAACAGGGCCGGCCCAUCUGAUCCAGGUAGCCCCUUGACCGAGAAACAACGGCCCGUGAUAGCUCAUCCCCUCGACGCGUAUUCCUACAUGAACUAUGUCGCCUACGUGCUCUACCCGCCGCUGUACAUCGCAGGCCCCAUCAUGUCGUUUAAUGACUUCAUGUGGCAGAUCCAUCGACCUCUCACUAUCUCUAUGCGAGAAAGACUGGGCUAUCUCGCGCGUUUCGUCAUUUGCUUCCUGACCAUGGAGUUCAUCCUGCACUUCAUGUACGUCGUAGCCAUCAAGGAUACCAAAGCCUGGGGCGGGGACACCGCGGCGGAGCUGAGCAUGAUUGGGUUCUGGAACCUGAUCAUCGUGUGGAUGAAGCUACUGUUACCCUGGCGGUUCUUCCGCUUAUGGGCCCUGGCCGACGGUACCGACGCACCGGAGAACAUGGUUCGGUGUAUGGUGAAUAACUACUCUACGCUGGGAUUCUGGAGAGCAUGGCAUCGCAGCUACAACCUGUGGAUCAUUCGGUACAUCUACAUACCGCUCGGAGGGACGAAGAACGUGGCCUUUACCUCGCUCCUCGUCUUCACCUUCGUCGCCUUGUGGCAUGACCUUUCCUUCCGCCUGCUAGCGUGGGGCUGGCUCGUCACCCUCUUUAUUCUACCUGAGUUGAUCGCUCGUUACGUCUUGCAUCCGUCCAAGUACGGAAGCAGGUCAUGGUACAGACAUGUCUGCGCCAUCGGCGCUGUCUUCAAUAUGUUCAUGAUGGUGGCGGCGAAUCUGGUCGGUUUCGUCAUUGGGACUGACGGGGUCUCGUACAUGCUACAGCAAUUGCUUGGCACCGCGGAAGGCUUCCGGUUCCUACUGUUUGCAUGUUUCUGUAUGUUCGUCGCUGCACAAGUGAUGUUCGAGUAUAGGGAAGAGGAGUUGCGUCAGGGCAUUGUGCGUCGAUGUUGACAGAGACGAUAGACAUCUUCCAAGGAGCGCGAAUCCCUUCGCAGGGUGUCGGCAGCUCGUGCUAUCGGCAGGAUCACCUCUUGCCUGAUCU